CAGUCGCUGGCAGUGAAGGAGAAAUGGCGCAGAAAGGAGUUCAGCUGGAAACCUUGUGUUGUUCCAUCUGUCUGGAUCUACUGAAGGAUCCGGUGACGACUCCCUGUGGACACAGCUACUGCAAGAACUGUAUUCAAAGCUUCUGGGAUGGAGAGGACCCGAAGUAUAUCUACAGCUGCCCUCAGUGCAGGCAGACCUUCACACCGAGGCCUGUCCUGCUGAAGAGCACCAUGUUAGCAGCUGUAGUGGAGGAGCUGAAGAAGACUGGACUCCAAGCUGCUCCUGCUGAUCACUGCUAUGCUGGACCUGAAGAUGUGGGAUGUGAUGUCUGCACUGGGAGAAAACGGAAAGCCUUCAAGUCCUGUGUGCAGUGUGUGGCCUCUUACUGUGAGAAACACCUCCAGCCUCAUUAUGAAUCACCUACAUUCAUGAAACACAAGCUGGUGGAGCCCUCCCAGAAGCUCCAGGAGAACAUGUGCUCUCGUCACGAUGAGGUGAUGAAGAUGUUCUGCCGUACUGAUCAGCAGUGUAUCUGUUAUCUCUGCUCUGUGGACGAACAUAAAGGCCACGACACAGUCUCAGCUGCAGCAGAAAGGACUGAGAGGCAGAGAGAGCUCGAGGGGAGUCGACUAAACAUCCAGCAGAGAAUCCAGGACGGAGAGAAAGAUGUGAAGCUGCUUCAGCAGAAGGUGGAGGUCAUCAAUCGCUCUGCUGACAGAGCAGUGGAGGACAGUGAGAAGAUGUUCACUCAGCUGAUCCGUCUCAUGCAGAAAAGAAGCUCUGAUGUGAAGCAGCAGCUCAGAUCGCAGCAGGAAAGUGAAGUGAGUCGAGUCAAAGAGCUUCAGGAGAAGCUGGAGCAGGAGCUCACUGAGCUGAAGAGGAAAGACGCUGAUCUGAAGCAGCUCGCACACACAGAGGACCACAACCAGUUUCUACACAACUACCCCUCACUGUCCCCACUCAGUGAGUCUACACUCUCCUCCAGCAUCAACAUCCCUCUCAGAUACUUUGAGGAAGUGACAGCGGCUGUGUCACAAGUCACAGAUGAACUCCAGGACGUUCUGAGAGAGAAGUGGACAAACAUCUCACAGACUGGGACUGAAGUGGAUGUUUCACUGUCAGCAGAGCCCAAGACCAGAGCUGGAUUCUUAAAGUAUUCACGUGACAUCACACUGGAUCCAAACACAGCACAGACACUGCUGUUAUUAUCUGAGGGGGGCAGAAAAGUGACAUACAUGAGACAACAUCAGUCUUAUUCUCAUCACACAGACAGAUUCACUGUAUAUGCUCAGGUGCUGAGUAGAGAGAGUCUGACUGGACGUAGUUACUGGGAGGUGGAGCGGAGCGGGGGAGACGUUCGUGUAGCAGUCGCAUACAAGAACAUCAGCAGAGCAGGGGGGGGGGGAAGAAUGUGCAUUUGGAGACAAUGAUAAAUCCUGGGCGUUAUAUUGUAUCAACAACAGUUAUAUAUUUUGUUACAA